GCGACUCACUCGGUCCUUCCUCAUAAGUUGAGUUGUGCUUUGUGUUUUUGUGUUUUGUAUUAGAUUUUUGCUGCUGUUUGGUGUUUGGGUCUGAAUUGCGUUAAUGAGUAGUAAUACUCAGUAUGGCGGCUUGUAGCUUUACUUCUGAAGGCAGUCAGACUACAAACCCACUGAACCCACUGGCAGGAUAUGGCUAACUUUAGAAGUACUGACUUAAGAGCUUUAGCAGCCUCCGGGAAGGUCUGCCGUUUGAUUUCUGAGCCAGCGAGAUCAGGAAGCCACCAGAAGGAAGAAAUUCUGCACUGUGUUGUUUAAGAACUGUUAAGUUUCCGUGACGGUCUGUGUAUUUAUUCGUCAAGUUAAUGAGAGUAAAAAUGCAUCAAUUGCAAGCACAUAAGGAUUAUUGCAGGAGCAUCACAGAAGUGAAUACUUGAAAAACAAGUUUUCGGGCUGACCUCAAAGCAAGGUUUUCAAGAAAAGUGUUGUUAAAUGUGGAAAUACAGUACACUGAUUUUAAACAUUUAUAGAGAUAACGUGGACACAUGAUCACUUAACCCAUCCAAGAAACUUUAAAAUGGAAACAAACUGAAAUUUCUUGAAUCUCUUAAUGUAAGGCCUAAAAUUUUUUUUCAAAAAAUAAUGCUGUGGAAAAUCUACGAAUCUACUUGUAAUCAUUGUUAGUAUUUUGGCACCUUAAGUCUCUUAGGACGUGUUUCAAGAUUAGUAUAGUUGCAUAUAGACAUAAUUUUAUGUCCAACUUUAUUAACUAAUAGUGUUUUCAAAAGUAUUGUCAUGGGAAACUUGUGUACUAUGGGAGUAAAAAUUAAGAGAGAAUUAAUAUAAACUCCGGUAAUCCCAGCAGUUUGGGAGGCUCAGGCGGGCGGAUCACAAAAGGUCAGGAGUUGGGGACCAUCGUGGCCGAAUGGUGAAACCCUGUCUACUAAAAAUACAAACAUUAGCUGGGUGUGGCGGUGCGCACCUGUAGUCCCAGCUACUUGCAAGGCUGAGGCAGGAGAAUUGCUUGAAUCUAGGAGGUGGAGGUUGCAGUGAGCCGAAAUCACAACACUGCACUCCAGCCUGGUGACAGAGCGAGACUCCGUCUCAAAAAACAAAAACAAAACCUAAUGUAUAUAAUAUAAUGCCAUUUCCUUUUUCUACUUGUGCUAUUCUAUCCUAUAUUAUAUAAAUAAUAAAAAGGAAAAAUACAAAGCAAAGAUUGUGUGUGCGCGUGACUCCCACAGCUACAUACAUGGAUGAAGUUGAGCUAUUUGGAUGACCUAUGAGGUGAAAAUGACUCUAGACCUUGACUUCAAGGACCCGGGUUUUGAGCUGUCCAUAGUGUGACCUUGGGCAAGCUACAUAACUUCUCACACUCAGUUUCCAAAUCUAAAGGAGGAAUAAGAAUGCCUACCUCACAGUCUGUCGUGAGAAUUAAGUGAACUUGUCAAUGUGAAAGUAUUUAGUAAAGUGCCUGGCACCCAGUAGGUCCUGUAGUAAUAUUUUUCCCUGAACCCUAGUCCCCUCUGUCUGAAGUUCAAGGUUUUCUCCACUAGGUGGUGAUGGUAGAAAAAUAAAUGAAAAAAACGUACUUCAAAAAUCACCCCACCUCUUAGAUUGCUUUGCCAACCAAAUUUAAACUUUCUUUUCAGAUCAGCAUAAAUACAAAUAAAUUUAAACUUGUAUAGUAUAAGGUCCCAGGAAAUGAAAUCAAUGUAAAGCAGAAACCUAGGCUUCCAUUUUCUCCUUUAAUACCUCACUGUUUAAUUGUCUGCAGCUGGCCUCGGUGGUUUACUUUUAAGUGUGUAACUAUCUUCUCUGUCUUCCUUCCCCAGAGUCAGAAUGGGGAGGAUAGAUUCGGUGGUGACUCAAAUAGGACCUGUCAGUAACGACAAGUAGAGUCAGCCUGGCUGCAGUGCCUAUGAACAGUCAAGAGAAAGAAGCACUGAAGAGUCAUAAUUGUGUCCUGACUUAUAAAUCGGAGACACAGGGAGACGAAAACCACAUUCCAGAAAGUAGCUUAAUCGGACUCACUACUAAGAUGUUAAAAGUGAAGAGGCUGGAAGAAUUCAACACGUGUUAUAACAGCAACCAGCUGGAGAAAAUGGCCUUUUUUCAGUGCAGGGAAGAGGUGGAGAAAGUGAAGUGUUUUCUGGAAGAAAAUUCUGGGGACCAGGAUUCAAGAUCUGGACAUAAUGAGGCGAAGGAGGUGUGGUCAAACGCCGACCUGACGGAAAGGAUGCCCGUCAAAAGCAAAAGGACAUCAGCCCUCGCAGUUGACAUCCCGGCUCCUCCGGCCCCAUUUGAUCAUCGUAUUGUGACAGCCAAGCAAGGAGCGGUCAACAGCUUCUAUACUGUGAGCAAGACAGAAAUCCUAGGAGGAGGGCGUUUCGGCCAGGUUCACAAGUGUGAGGAGAUGGCCACAGGUCUGAAGCUGGCAGCCAAAAUCAUCAAGACCAGAGGCAUGAAGGACAAGGAGGAGGUGAAGAACGAGAUCAGCGUCAUGAACCAGCUGGACCACGCGAACCUCAUCCAGCUGUACGAUGCCUUCGAGUCUAAGAAUGACAUUGUCCUGGUCAUGGAGUAUGUGGAUGGUGGGGAGCUGUUUGACCGCAUCAUCGAUGAGAACUACAAUUUGACGGAGCUUGAUACCAUCCUGUUCAUGAAGCAGAUAUGUGAGGGGAUAAGGCACAUGCAUCAGAUGUACAUUCUCCACUUGGACCUGAAGCCUGAGAAUAUCCUGUGUGUGAAUCGGGAUGCUAAGCAAAUAAAAAUUAUUGAUUUUGGAUUGGCCAGAAGAUACAAACCCAGAGAGAAGCUGAAGGUGAACUUUGGAACCCCAGAAUUUCUCGCCCCUGAAGUUGUGAACUAUGAUUUUGUUUCAUUUCCCACUGACAUGUGGAGUGUGGGGGUCAUCGCCUAUAUGCUACUUAGCGGUUUGUCCCCUUUCCUGGGUGACAAUGAUGCUGAGACGCUGAACAACAUCCUGGCCUGCAGGUGGGACUUAGAGGAUGAAGAAUUUCAGGACAUCUCGGAGGAGGCCAAGGAGUUCAUCUCUAAGCUUCUGAUUAAGGAGAAGAGUUGGCGAAUAAGUGCAAGCGAAGCUCUCAAGCACCCCUGGUUGUCAGACCACAAGCUCCACUCCAGACUCAAUGCCCAGGAAAACUGCUGUGGUUGCUGCUGCUUCGAGAAAAUUUUUUGAAAAAUCAGCAGUUCUGAUGCCUUGACCCCUAUGAUGACUGGUAGUCUUAGCAGGGGGAGCCCUCGACCCUGAAUGUGAACUUGAACUGGAGUGCCUCUGCUGCGUUCAAAGGGACACCCAGCGCUGCGGUCUGGUCUCAGGGCGCAAACACAUCCCUGCACCCAGUGGUAGUGAUGUUGGGAAGAUGUUUCCCUGCCAUCUUGAGAUUUUUUACUUUUUUAAAAAAAUUUUUUGAUCUUAGUCACUGGGGCAGGGGGUGCAUUAUGUCUGCUAUUUCUCAAAUGACUACAGCCAUGACACUUAAGAUUGAUUGGAGAUUUUAAAACUGGAGGAUGCAUUUAGAGGGAGAAAGCUACUUCCAGCCAUUAGACUAUGCCUUUGGAAGGGGCAAUUAGAUGGCCAGAAAGAAUUCUGACUCCCAUGCACCCUUGAAGACUUAGAUUCACAGACUCUGUCAUUUUGAUUUGGUCUGUGGUCACGUGACUACAGUGGAUAAAUAAUUUGUUUGCUGGAACAGAAGCCGUCUUUGAAUUCUCCAACAAGAGGCAUCAGCCACUGUGUCUUUCAUUUAUUCUGAAUUGUCCCCAGCGCGCAUUUUCUUCCAUGUAGCGGAUUCUGUUUUUCACAUCUAUACUCCCUGCACCCUUCUGACUGACAGUUCAUCCCCACAAAACACACUGGUUUUGAGAGGUGAUGCAAAAAGUAUCUGUUUAUGGUCGGUCUUUGAAAUUCUGACCUUUGGAAUAACGUCAACAGUCACAACAGGUUUCCUCAAGCCCCGUUUGUCAACUAAAAGGGACGGAUCUGCACCUCCUGGAGCAAGAUAGCACUGAGCUUUCAACGUUGAAGUGACUUGGGAAAUAACAUUCAAGCUUCUGGGUAAACACAUACAAACAGUGGCAAAGACCAAGUACAGUCUCUCGCCUGUGCUGUCUCUUGGGACUCAAUGGUGGUGAAGAAAUCUCAACCGGACACCAGAGGUGGGGGCAACUCUGCAAGCUCACCUGCUGGACAUGAGAAUGUUGGAAUGUUCCAGUUGGAAGGUUCCUAUGCCUAGCCCGUGUGCCGUUUCAUGGCAGAUAUGUAAGAAAGGAAAUGGCCCUACUGUAGACAGCUUAUGGGGCCCAGAAAUGCACUGGGCUUUAAAGAGCGAAACGAGUGUGUCAUUUCCACAUGAAGGAGAGGCAAGGAAAAGCCCCACAAAAUUCCUGUUACCUGCUCAACUCCAAGCUCACCAACCAGCUUCAUGAGCUUUCCUCACAUUUUCUAUUUCCAAAUAACUGUUGUGUUGAAUCAGCUGUGUUAAUGCCUUUAUUCUUUGUUUUUUUUUUUUUUUUUUUUUAGACGGAGUCUCGCUCUGUCGCGAGGCUGGAGUGCAGUGGCCCCAUCUCGGCUCACUGCAACCUCCGCCUCCCAGGUUCAAGCGAUUCUCCAGCAGCCUCCCGAGUAGCUGGGAUUACAGGCGCACGCCACCACGCACGGCUGAUUUUUGUAUUUUUAGUAGAGAUGGGGUUUCACCAUGUUGGCCAGGAUGGUCUCAAUUACUGUUGUCACAAUAGCAAUGAAAGGUAUAAGAAUUACUUGGUGGCCUCAUGAGGGAUGGCAGUUUCACUUUGCGUCAGCUUUCCCCCAUUAUCUCUCAGAUCCACUGAAGGAAUCCUUACAGCAUGCCAUGAAUGUGUGCAACAUCCUUAUUCUCAUCUUUAAGGUAAGGAGGAAGUAGAGAUAGAAGGAAAUACGUGAUUCGGUGAAGGCCACAUGCAAAUUUUGUGGUCGUAUUAGUUAUAAAACUGACUCCUUUCCAGCCUUUGCUCUUACAUUAUGAUGCGUUUCUUUUUCUCCUUUGGCCUUGCAUUUAUCCGAGGUUGGUUUCUUAUGUUCCUGUUAUGUGACUAUGCUUAAAUGUUUAAUUUAGUUUGCUUAAAACACGCACACACACACACAAACACACACACACACACAAAACCCUGUGACUGGAGUGUUAUAUUACUAUGCUAUCUUUAGCUGAUGAUAUUCAUUGAGCCUGGAAAAAUACCAGCCAGUGCAUGCAUUAAUACUUAGUUAGACCACAGAGAGCUGGCAUUCACUCAAAUGCUAAACAGGACACAGGGGUCUGAUUUGAAGCCCCUCGUGGAAGGGCGUUUUCUGUCCUGUGGUGUGCAUUCUCUACCAAAUCAAGCAUGAGAUAUUUUGCACGACGUGCAAUUUGCAUGCACCUUCCCUUCUGACUCAGGUUGGCAGAUAAACUGUCCCCAGACCCUGCCACACAUGGAAGAGACAGCUCAGGCCAAAUACAGGCAUGAUUUCUUUGCCAAGUUAAUGCACUGAUGACCCUGCAGUGAGUGGGUGUGAUUUUUGUUUUGUUUUGAGGUUUAGAAAGGAGACUGUACUUUGAAAAUGGAUCUUGUUUGAUUCUGUAGUUAAAUUUCCACAUUUGGAAUGGGAAGGCAUCUCCAUGCCAGCAGGGUGCCUUUUAUAUGAGUGCUGAGGGUAGUUUGCAUUGCAGAGUUCAUGAUUACAGUCUAGAGUUACUUGAAAUGGGAGAUUAUCAGUCUAGUGUUCAUCCCGCCCCUGCUCCAUGUCCUUGUGUGGCUGCUCCAGCGAAAGCUGGUGACUAGGUAGAUUGCUGCUCUAAUGGGGAAAGGGGGCUUUGCAAAGCUGAGGAAUCAAGCCAGAUGCGAGCAUGGACUCAGAAAAGCUGAGUCUGGCUAGACCAAGGCUAUGGAGAUCAAUUUUUCCAACAGGUCAUUAGGAUUUAGGAGGCUGUAUUUCUCCUCCACCCUCUUAAUGGAUGGUAUGGCUUUGCUCACUCACUAGGCAGUUCCCACUUUCUUUAGCAAAUGGAGGAAAUUAAGCACCGAUGUAGCACUUCCCACUGCCUGGAGAGAAAUAAACCUCGCAAGUUAUUAAGGAGAAGGUAUGCCACAUUGGUAAUUUGGAAGACACCAACACUUACCCAGAAUCUGUUGCUAUUUAAAAAUCAGGGAGAGGAGGGCACAUGUCCCCAUUUGCUACAUUACAAACUUUGGACGAGACUCUCAUCUGAACUAACUUGGGGAAACAAUUUCUAGGUUGAAGCUCGUAACACUCAUGUCUGUUGAGUGCCAUAAGUUUGUUUUCAGUUAUUUCCCCUAACUUGAUAUUAAUUUGCUUUCUUUCCUCAAAAAUGUAUGUAGGCAUGUUGCCAUUGUUGUGGCUUGCUUUGAUGUAUGUUUGGAAAGAUGUGUGAAUACUUAAUUUUUAUCCAUUUUAUGGAAAUUAGCUUAGCAAUUUUUUUUUCUCUUUUAAGAAUCAAAAUAUGGAUUUGAUACUAGGAACAGAAUCUGCUCUUUAUUUCAUUCCUUUUUUGUCCCUUCUGCUUCCUCUGCCCCUCCCCCAGCCACGCAGCACGGGUGCCAGUGUGCAUGCGUGUGCUGGGGGCCAAAUAACAGAACCCCGGUUGAAAAUCCGCUUGUAAAAGCAGAAGUGAGAGGCAGCAUCAGGCCCCCGGAGGGCUGUGGUCCUCGGACUCGGUUCUUUCCUGUCCCCUGGCCGUCCUGUCAUCCCUGUGUGCUGCAGCAUCACCACGGCCUACUUCUCAGUAUCCACAAAGCUUUGCCUUUGCUUUUGCACUCUCUUUUACAUAUUUUUACUUCUUUCCUUUUUCUUAAGUUCGAAUCCGAGUUUGUCUUCUUAUCCAUCACCAUGCUCCCUGAAAGCCUUUUUGAGAUUAAGAAAUUUUCUUACCAGGAGGCAACUUUCCGUCUGUCCUAAAGGGAAGUGGGUGCUGGAUUUAUUAGAUGUUGGGUUCCUGGAUUAAGAUGACUUCCUCACAUAGCUUGGAGUCUGCAGUUUCUCAGUUAGAAGUGUUCUGUAUUUCUUUUUGCUCCAUUUUAGUGCGCUGUGCUUUGUAUAAGUGGUCUUUCUAUGGGCAGUUUCACCUUCCGUGAAGGCUUAUAACUCAACCACUACUACCCAUUCAGAAGAGCAGAAAGCAUCUGCUGUGUGAGCGUUCAUAUGUUACCUAAUGUGUGUUUUGCUGUCGUCUCAACUGAUAGAUGUCGGUGAGUCUUUCUGACUAGGUUUAUUGGUGUUGAUAAGAAAUUUAAAAAAGUAUUCAUAACAUGGUGAUUGUGCCUAUCAUGUAUAUUUUAAAUUUCUGAACGUACUUUCCUUUAGCUGUUUUUCUUUGCUUUCUAAAGAUGUAUAACAAUCACGUAUAUGUAUUAUAUUGAAGAAUAAACAUGGACCUUAUUUA